AUGGGUAGAGGUUAUAAUAGAGACCCCACUACUGGGGUAUUAAGUGUUUUCGAUUUUGUUCAAUCAAGAAAAUAUUAUGGGUUGCAAAUUCCAAUUCCUUCAUUAAUAGAAACUUUAGCCUCAUGGUGGACCUAUCAAAAAUAUCACACAGAUCGAUAUGACCCAAACGGUUACAUUCAAGGAAGAAAAACUGGUUUACAUUUAAAUUUUAUUCCAAAAUAUAAAAUUCAAGUUAGAAGAGACGCAGAUGGUGGUACAAUUAUUCAGUUAGAUUAUUGGGCUAGAAUUAGAAAGACUGGUAUUGUUGCAGCAUUUGUUACAUAUGGUGUUACUGCAGCCAUUGGUGCAGGUACACUUUCUUAUCAUGUUAUGGAAGCUAAGCAUUUCUUACAAGCUUUCUGGGAAUGGUUUGAUGGUAGUUACCAAGUUGUUAAAGUUGAAGUUUUAGUUAAUGAAGAAAGAUCCGCUCUUGAAGAAGAAGGUUAUGAUGAACAUGGUAAUGUUUCAAAAUCUGUUCAUAGCUCAACAACAAAUAAUUAUUAUAAUACCUACAACCAAGAGCCAGGCUAUCCACCACAACCAGGUUAUACCACUACAAGCUCGUCCAGUAAAACUGUUGUUGCAAAAUCACCUACAGCUCCACAAUCCUCUGGUGUUGUCUAUCCGGUAUCUCCACCUGUUUCGCCUGUUUCACCCAUUCCUGCUGCUGCUGGUGGAGGUUCAUAUUCUUCUUACUCAUCCUCAUCCUCAUCUACAUCAUCCUCUGGUAGUAAGAAUCCACAAGGUGGCUAUCAAACAACAAUUACUAGCCAUACAACCUCAUCUCUUCCAACCUAUGGUAUGGGCUCAAGUGUAUAUGGUACUCCAGCAUAUAAUUCAAGAUAUGCUCCUCCACCCCCAGGUGUCGCUGGAUAUGGUAUGUCAAGUUCAUAUGGCGCAAGUGGUACAGGUUUACCACCUGGUGUAGGUCAAUAUGGUGUUGGUGCUAUGGGUACUGGUCAAUAUGGUGCUACAGGUACAAGUCAAUAUGGAAGUAAUUAUUCAAACAGCUCAUCAUAUGGUUCAAAUGGUCAGUAUGGAAACAGUGGUCAUUCAAACAGUUUAAGCUCAGGUUCAACAUCAGCAUAUAGUAAUAAUAGCUACUCUGGUGUUCCAUUGGAUUCAAUGUCAAAACUUUCAAUUUCAGGCCAAGAUAGUAAUACAAGCGGAUCAAAACAACAACAAAAUCAAUUUGUUCAAUCAUUAUUUGGCUCUACUCCAUCAAAUUCAUCAGCUUCCUCCUCAGGCUCAACAAUGAAUAAAAGCUUACCACCUCCAUCAACUGCUACAGUUAGUGGUGGUUCAAAUGCAAAUAGUUCAUCUGGUAAUAAUGGUUAUAAUUCAUCAUUACCACCAUAUCCAUCAACUGCCUCUACCACUGCCCCAAAUCCACCACCAGUUAGCCAUGCUAAUUUAAGUAAUACCAAUACAGGUACAUCUGGUACCAAUAUUACAGGAACAGGUCAAAACGGUAGUACUGGAACUAAUUCAUCAACCAAUGGUCAAGGACCAUAUGCCACCGGUUCAUACCUUGGAACUGAGCAAGAUAAAAAACAACCAGGUGUUGAUUAUACAAGUCUCAGACAUGGUGGUCUUGGUUUUGGUUAUACAUACGACCAUCUAAAAGAUGAUCUUAAAAGAAAGAGUGAAAAUUUAAAUCACGUCAACAAUCCAUCCCAUGGUACUGCUAAUAAUUAGAUACAUUUAAUAUUUUUUAAUCACAAAUUAUUUAUAAUAAAGUUAUAAAAAAAAAUAAAAUAAAAUUUAUUUGUAUUUUGAUAACUUAUUUGUUUCAUUUUUACAAUUAAAAAACAAACAUU